UUGAUCAGGAGAGGAUCAACGAUUGAUCCACAAGAUAAGACAGAGAGAGAGAGAGAAAUGGCAGAAUUGGUGGCGUAUCCGAUGAACGGUGGAGAUAGCCUCUACAGCUACAGCAAAAACUCAGCAUUUCAGAGAAAAGCCAUAGAAGCUGGCAAGGAACUGAUCAAGGAAGCAAUUUUCGAAAAGCUCGAAAACAAAAUCAUCUCUUCGACGAACGCCUUUCGAGUCACGGAUUUAGGCUGCUCUGUCGGGCCUAACACAUUCCACGCAGUGCAAAACAUACUUGAUGCUGUGGAGCAAAAGUGUCAAGGCCAAGGACACAAUUCUCAUCAGCUCCCUGAGUUCCAAGUUUUUUUCAACGAUCACGCGUCCAACGAUUUCAAUGAGCUCUUCAAAUCUAUGCCUUCGGACAGGCGGUACUACGCAGCGGGCGUGCCGGGUUCUUUUUACUCUCGACUUUUCCCCAAGGACUUUCUUCACUUUGCUUAUUCUUCAUAUUCCCUCCAUUUUCUUUCGAAAGUCCCGGAAGAAGUGGUGGACGUGAACUCGCCGGCUUGGAACAAAGGGAGGAUUCAUUACUCGAAAUCGGCAAACCACGUCGUUAAGGCGUAUGAAGCUCAGUAUGCCAAGGACAUGGACUGCUUUCUGAGUGCUCGAGCACAAGAGAUUGUAAGCGGCGGGUUGAUGGCGUUUGUCGUCCCCGGCCGCCCCAAUGGAAUCCCUCAUGCUGAAGUUUUCCUCAACAAUGCGAAAGAACUCUUUGGAUCCUGCCUCAUGGACAUGGCCAAGAAGGGUAUCAUUUCUGAAGAGAAAGUGGACUCCUUUAACAUACCACAAUACAUCGCCUCGCUCGAAGACGUGGAAGCGAUUGUGAAAGCUAAUGGAUGUUUCAGCCCAGAAACAAUGGAAAUCUUGAGCGGGGAAAAACCACAGCCCAAGGCAUUCGCCACCGGAGUGAGAUCCGGGAUGGAGGGAAUGAUUCGGAAGCAUUUCGGGGAGGAGAUUGAUCUGGAUCAUCUUUUUGACUUGUUCCGCAAGAAACUCGAAGAAUCCUCCUCCGUCCUCGAAUCGAAGAAAUUUGUUAGCUUGUUUGUUGUACUCAAACGCAGAUCAGCGACUGAGUAACAACAAACAAUGCAACUAGUCGUUUGAAGAUUUGAAGCUCCUCUGAAAGAAUUUUAAUUUGUAGCUUGAAUUAGGAAGAUCGUGAAUAAAGAAUGUACUUGUAUUAGUACGUCAAUGCAAUUUUAAGAUUAAACACCACACGAGUGUUUAAUCACGAAAGAAAAAUAAAAUGAUUUUUUUUUUUUCCGA